AGAGAAUGCUGAUGGUGACCAGGUCAUGGAGAAUCUGCUUCAGCUGAGAUGUCACUUCACAUGGGGCCUGCUCUUCGAAAAAAAUGACAUACCUGAUUUGGAAGUGAGGAUCUCAGAGCAGGUCCAGUUCCUUGACAUCAAGAACUCACUGGGGAUGCACAACCUCCAGGCCUACGUGAGACACCUGAAAGGUGAGCAGGAGGAAGCCCUGCAGAGCUUGAAAGAGGCUGAAGCCUUGAUCGAGGGAGAGCAGUUGGGCAAGAGAAGCCUGGUGACCUGGGGCAACUGUGCCUGGGUGCAUUACCACAGGGGCAGCUUGGCAGAAGCCCAGAUCUACCUGGACAAGGUGGAGAAUGUUUGCAGGGAAUUCUCAAGUCCCUUCCACUACAGGAUGGAGUGUGCUGAGAUAGACUGUGAGGAAGGCUGGGCCUUGCUGAAGUGUGGAGGAAGUAACUAUAUGCGAGCCAUGGCCUGCUUUGCAAAGGCUCUGCAGGUGGACCCAGAAAACCCUGAGUACAAUGCUGGCUAUGCAGUUGUGGCCUAUCGCCAAGAUUUCGAUGACAACCAUGUUUCUCUAGAACCUCUAAGGAAGGCUGUCAGGUUAAAUCCAGAAGAUCCACACCUUAAAGUUCUCCUUGCUCUAAAGCUUCAGGAUUUAGGGGAACAAGAUGAAGCAGAAACACACAUUGAAGAAGCCCUCAGCAGCACAUCUUGCCAAAGCUAUGUCUUUCGCUACGCAGCCAAGUAUUUCCGCCGGAAAGGUGACAUAAACGAAGCUCUUCAUCUUCUACACAGGGCCUUGCAGACGUCACCUUCCUCUGGCUACCUACAUUACCAAAAAGGGCUCUGUUACAAGCAACAGAUGAUCCAACUGAAGACAUCUGGAAACAGGCAGGCCAGAAGGCAGGAGAAUAUACAGGAAUUGGCACAUCAGGCCAUUUGUGAAUUUCAAGAGACUUUGAAUCUGAGGCCCACAUUUGAGAUGGCUUACGUUUGCAUGGCUGAAAUGCAGGCAGAAAUUGGCCAAUAUGAAGAAGCAGAGGGAAAUUUCCAGGAGGCCCUGAACCUCAACAACCUUGUAGCCCACAUAGAGCAGGAUAUUCAUUUCCGCUACGGCCGUUUCCAACAAUUUCAUAAGAAGUCAGAAGACAAGGCAAUCACUCACUACUUAAAAGGUCUAAAACUAGAAGAGAAGUCCUUUGCCUGGAGGAAACUACUCACAGCUUUGGAGAAAGUGGCUGAAAGACGUGUUCGCCAGAAUGUCCGGCUUGUGGAGAGCACCAGCCUUCUUGGACUGGUCUUCAAACUGAAAGGGCAGGAGAUGAAGGCCCUGCUUUACUAUGAGAAGGCCCUGAGGCUCUCUGGGGAAAUGAACCCUGCAUUUUGAAUGCAGCUUACCUUUGUGAAGUUAAUAUACUCACAACUAAGUGUUCUAAUGCUCCCUCCUGACUUCUUUUCCCAGAUCUGCUUGCUGAAAUGCCACGUAGCUAAGUACAUUUUCUCCUGCGACUUCUUUAUGGUCUCUCGUGAUCCUGUCUAGAAGGCACUUCCAUCCCUAGGACACCUGCUCACUUAAAGAUCAUGACCGAUUCCUGCUGCUCCAGACUCCUGUGAGCUACAGAAUCAGAACCUUUUCCCUGAUGUCUGUGCCUUUGGAACAGAUAUCUUCCACCUGCCAAUGUCCUGGACCAAAAAACCUUCGCUGAAGAAGGUUUCGGUUUUCUUUGUUUGUUUGUUUUUUCUUUUUUAUGUCACAAGAAACACUCAUUACCAUACAAUUUCAGAGCAAAACAAAUAAGCAAAGAGGAAAGUUUGAAAGCAAAAGAGGUCACACCUUACUGGAAAAAUAUUAACAACCAAGAAGACGUUUGGCUUACUGGAGAAUUAAAAUGAAAACUCUUCUUAGGUAGUAAAGCCUGAAAAUUGCAUAAGUAACUUCUUUUAAUAUUUGAAUGCUAAAAAUAUUCCUUGAAAGUGACCACAGUAACAAAUUUGGUAGAGUCUGCUGGUGCCAUUGUAAAGGACGCACCUCUAUGUUUGCAUGGUUUCUUGGUUAUCUUUCAUCC